UCUCGUAUAAUGUCACAACCAGGCAUGUAUGAAGGUAAUGACAUAGAGGAAGAAGAAAUUGAUGAUGAAGAAAUAGGUGAAUAUGAAAUGGAUGAAGAUAUGGAUUACGAAGAUAUGGAUGAUGAAGAAUUUUAUGAAGCCAUGUACAUAUCUGUGAUGACAAUUUAUGCAUUAAUGCAUGUGCUAAAUCGGUUUCUUAUUAUGAUGCGUGGUGAACAGGUUGAACGUCCAUUAACCCGCAAUCUUCCGACAAGUAUAUAG